AGAGUCCCUCAACCAGAUUUACGGGUUCCGGACUUCAGUGCGAGAGACGGCUACCACAGACCUCCAGCAUCCGAGCUGGACGCUGUGGCGGAACUGAAGCCGACUUGAGACGGCACGAGAGAAGGUUUUUACACCUUUCUCUGGAAAAAAAAAAAACGAGCUGAGAUGAAAGUCCAAUAACACACCUCACCAGCUUUGCCACUGCCACCACCGAUCUCCUGAAUCAUUUCGGAGACCAGGACGCGCCGAGUCCAGCCGAGGCGCCGCGUUUGACAAAACAACCCUCGACUCUCCAACUCACACCUGGAGGAAUUUCGACAGUUCACCGCGAACAACCCGCCACGAUGUACCGCUCAACCAAAGGAGCAUCCAAGGCUCGACGGGACCAGAUCAACGCCGAGAUCCGGAACCUGAAGGACUUGUUGCCCAUUUCCGAUGCAGAUAAAGCGCGGCUCUCAUACCUGCACAUCAUGUCACUUGCCUGCAUGUACACCAGGAAAUCCGUCUUCUUCAGUCCAGAAGCGGAGGCUGGUCCCGAGGAGAGGGCGAGCAUCCUGUCUUUCCGAGAACUGUCGGAGUUGAUGCAGGCGCUGCCGGGGUUCCUGAUGCUGCUGACUGGGGAAGGGAAGCUGCUGUACCUGUCGGACAGCGUCUCCGAGCACCUCGGACACUCCAUGGUGGAUCUCGUGGCACAGGGGGACAGCGUGUAUGAUAUCAUCGACGCCUCAGACCACUUUGUCAUGAGGAGCAACCUGUCAACGUCCUCAUCACUUGAGAUGGAUCGCCUUUUCCGCUGCCGUUUCAACACCUCCAAGUCCGUGCGGAGGCAGAGUGCUGGGAACAAAACGGUUCUGAUCCGAGCUCGCUGCCUCUCUCCCCUCUCCGCCUCCCCCGCCAGCGGGUCCUACUGGACAUCCAACACCGCCUGGGUGUGUUUCUGCUCCCCUCUGGAGCCCCACCCGUCCCGCUCCAGCCCCGGGGAAGAGGCGGAGUCGACCUCCGCCCCUCCCCUGGCGGAGACCAACCUGUUCCUGGCCUGCUUCCACUCCCAGCACGGCCGGGACAUGAGGCUGCAGGCCGCCCAGGACAGCGUGAGCGCCUAUCUCGGCUUUGAUGUGACAGCUUUACGAUCUUGCUCCUGGUACAGCCUCCUCCACCCACAGGAUCUGUCACAUGCCUCCGCUCAGCACCGCAGCCUAUUGAGAGAAGGCGGGGAGGGCAGAGCUGAAAUGGUGGUGCGUGUGCAAACCCAGGACCAGUCGUGGGUUUGGCUCUACAUGGUGCUUCAGCUGCAACCCGGAGAAAUCCCCAUCAGCAGCAACAACUACAUCAUCAGUGAGACUGAGGCCUGGUCAGUGCGUCAGCAGCUCAGCACCGAGCAGACCCAGCUGACCCUGGUUCUGAGUGCAGGUGCCUCCCAGCAGGAGGGCCUGGGCCUCCAGUCUCCAGACACCCUGUCCAGUCCAGACCAGGUCUUCACCCCGGGCAGCAGCGGCCUGUCGGCCCAGUCCUUCGACUUCAGCACGGCUGGCUGCAGCGUGGGCUCGUCCGACGAACCCGGGAGCUCCGCUGCCGAGGCCAUGCAGGUGGAGGGUGACUCUCGUUCCAGUAUCUCCUCCAUGGAGGGAGAAGGCUUCUUCCAGCAGCACCCCGCUGAAAGCCCCUCAGCAGGCUCCUCCUCACUCCAGGCACGCGCGAAACAGUAGCCAGACUGGGACUUUUUAACGCAGACAUCCUCCUGGCGGCAUCUGUCGAGCUGGACCCCCCACGUACAUCGCCUCCCCCUGCGUCUUCCCCCUAUGCCCACGUCGCAAGCGCAGCAGACCAAAGAGUUUGUGUGCACGCCACCAUACACGCCCCAUAUUGCCGGGUCUAGUUUCCCAUUCGGUGAACCGCUCGUUAGCUUCGACCCCGCCGGCACCACCACUCCACCUCCCCCUGCCGCAACAGCCACCUCCACCACCACGGUGGCCCCUUCAAGUUCCACCUCAGCCCCACCAACCACCGCCUCCAGCCCCCCUCCCAACACCACGUCCACCAAGCUCGCCCUCAAGCUAGCUACUCCGUCCACUGACUUCCUCUUCUCUGGCGAGCACGGCAGCGGCGGCCUUUACGAGAAGCUGCCCCCAACGCCCGACAGCCCCGGAGACGGCGACUGCACAGUGAUGACCCUGCCCGAGGUUCGGGGUCCGCUGUAUGUAGAUGUGCCACUCGGGCCCCUGCAGUGUCCCCCAGAAGGCCUUCUCACCCCCGAGGCAUCACCCGGUAAACAGCCCUGCCUCUCCUUCUUCUCCCUGGAGAGGGAGAAGGAAAGAGCAGAGAUCUCCCUCCUGGCUCAGCACAUCAGCUCCCUCGCAGAGGGGUUCUACCUGGAUCCGCUCUUGUCCAAACUCUCUCCCCCCUCCAUGUCGCCUUCAUCCUCCCCUCCCUCCCCCUUUCUGUCUCCUGCCACAGAAACCGCUGAUGGCGAUUCCGUCCACACGCUUAGGGAGUUUUAUCCCAUUAAAGCAUGGAGAGGUCUGGACUUCCCCAUGUUCCUCGAUGAUGAUGACUCUCUGUUUGAAGAGAGCAUCCUGGAAAACCUCCUCCAGGACAACUUUAUUCCUCCCCAGUCCCCCGGCCUCUCCCCCCCAUCCCCCUCCACCUCCCCAAUGCCCGACCUCUCCAGCCCGAUCUCUCUUCAGACCCCGGUGUGCUGGCACCAACCCUCCCAGUUUGAGGGAGCGGGCCGCUUCUGUAGCGUCCAGUCGGCGCAGUUUAACCCCACGGCCGGGUGCGGGGCGACGCCGGCAGCCGAGGCGUCGGCGGGAGGAGAGGGCCUAGCGGAGGAGGCAAUGGAGAUCGAGGUGGUGUCAUCUCCUGUGUCCUCAUGCUCCUCCAUCCCAGCUUCCCCUCCCCUCCUACUCACCGCCUCCCCCAGACCAGCCACCUCCGCUUCCAUCGCCUCGCCCUCUCCUGCUGUGUCUCGCAAUCAGUCCCUCCUGGAGGAACUGGCUGUGCUGGAACCCAUGUUUGGGGCAGGUGCCUCGAUCGCCCCUGACUUAGGGCAACAACCUGAGUUGUAUCAACUCCAAUGUCAUCCAUCAUCACAGUGCUUCCACAAAGAUGGGAGUGGAAGUGUUCCUCCGUUCUAAAAUAAGUCUGUGACUUACUUCAUUAAGUAUGGCAUAUUGUCAUAUUUUGUGGAGCCCCUUUUACUGAAAAGUAAAAAAUGACUAAGUGUAUAAAUAUACAUAAUGUAUAUACAACUUAAGGACUUUAACUCCUACAUCUCCUCAGAACAAAGAUUGGCUUUAUAUUUUUGUUCAGUCAUUAAUCUGUAUACUAUCAAACACCACUAGUGCAACAUUUACAUGAUUCAAGCACAUGGACUCACAACUGACUGGGUUCUGAGUCCAUGUGGUGUCUCUCGGCUUCUCUGUAACACAAGCUUCAGAUAUGAUCAAACAGGGAACCUUCUCUGAACUUGUAAGCGCUGUUAAACUUCCAGAUGCGCAUUUGUAUUCACUUGUAGUGAAAAAUCAAUUGUGAACAAAAAAGAAAAGAAAAAAAAGAGACCAUUUCUUGCUAUUUAAUAUGAGAGAUUGCACUGGACUUUUGUCUGACAUGAAGCAACGCAAACCCAAACCUCAAAUGAAGUCAAAUGUUUACAAAUUGUUUCCAUCCUUAGGAUGACCACUAUCAGUAAAUCAUAACUCGUUCUUCCUGAGAACUCUCCUACCCUGUCUUCAGAGUCAAUACAGCUCUGAUUUGAUAGCACUUUGACAGCCUACCAGGCAACAUCAAAACUAAAAAGUAAAUCAAACCAGAUACUUUGAGCUCUGAGUUUGCGGCUUUGAACCUUUUAACAUUUCAUAUUUAUAUCUCCAUCUAAAAUGUUGUGUAUCAAUGUGAUGUGCAAGCAAAAAGGAAAACAAGUGAAGACAUCCUGGCAUGUGACGAGCUCAACGACGUCGAUGGUGUCCGUCUCUUUAUGACAUGUAACACCGUACGGGACAUUUUCUGCAUGUUGGGAAGCUCUGAUCAUGCCACAAUCACACUGCAAACGCCGUACUGGACAUUAGACUCUGAAUGUGGGCUCUUCGGGUCCCUGCUGGCCUGAGGGGCCGUCGGCUGGAUAUCGUUGCAGCAUCAAUAUUUGCAAUGCUGGCAGCUUAUAGCGGCUCCUGCGUGCCCGAAAACGGCCCCCGACCUGCUGAACUCUGAACUCUGACCACGUCCGUUCAACACGGACGUUUACAUCGCCGCUCCACUGGAGUGCGGUGCAGCGAGGCACAAUUGACUAUGUGAAUGAGCGAUUCUUCUUUUUUUAGAGGGGUAAGAAUACAAAAGUUUUGUUUUAAAAAAUGAAAAUGGGGAUGGGGUGCUAUUUCUAUUCAGUCACCGAGCGACACGGGUUGAGAAUGGUACUAUUCCCAUGGUGUCGACGUGCUCACGUAGAGUUGUCUACGGUCAAGUAAAGGAUUGAUUCCUACGUUCUAGCUAUUCAAGGCUAAGUUAAUAUACAAGUGUAAAAUGACUAUAUUGUACGUGUGCUAAAACAAUGUUAUUACAUAUGCAUUAUGUCUAUGGAUGUAGGCGUAUGUUCUUUUCAGAAAGGUUAUACACAUUUGUACAUUUGUAUGAAACCGUCAUUGGCUUGUAUACAUAUAAGAAAGAGAUUUUUAUUGCAUAAGAUUGAAUAUAUUCUGAGCGUCUUACUUACUGCAGAAUGGACAUUGUGGACCAGUGUUCUAUUGUGUUGCUUAUAAGUGUAUUUGAUUGUCAUACAAAUGCAUUUAUAAUAAAAGUGCACUUAAUGCGGCUGA